AUGGUCGAUUGCCUCCGUGAAGAAUUGAACUCCGGCAGAGAUGAGUGUUUUUCAAAGGUCAUAAAUUAUUUGGAGGAAAGAAGUCGUGCUUACUUUGAAAAAUUGGUAGACGCAUUUGGGUCUGUUGAAUGUCUACAAAAAUUUCGAAAAUGCUAUGAAACUUCAGAUCCUUUAUGUGAGGUUACCUCAACUGAUAGUCCUUUAUACGAACAUUUGUGUGUGAUUCUUGAGUGGCGUGCCUUGUUAGCCACAGAAGUAGAAGCCUUACAGUCUAUACGGGAGGAGAUUGAAGAUUACCCGAAGGAUUUUGAAAUUCAGAUAAGGUUAAGCGAGUCGCUUCAUGAGCAGAAUCGAUUACGGAGAGAACUUGAAUCCCUCAGGGAUCAAAAUGAGAGGUUGCAAAUGGAGAACAAUGCAUAUAAUGCGAUAAUGGAGGAAGUAAAGAAGGACUUCAAUGAAAAACUUUCUGAAGCUAACGAGCGAGCAAAAAAAGCCGAAAAAGCCUUUAUAGAUUUGACAAGACGGCGAUCCACCAUUCCAAUUUCGGAUGCUUCCAUAGUCGCUACGUCGACGGAUAAAUCAAAUUUAGCAGUUCAAAAACGACUCUCUGGGUCGGUGCUGAAUGCCGUAACAUCCGUCGCGCUUCCGUAUAAGUCAUCAGUGGAUAAAGUUCGUAGUAGCUCUCUGCGUUUCAAGGAGUAUAGUACACUUACCGCGUGGGAAGACUUUGACUCCUUAGAUGAGGGCUCGGGAGAUGAAAAUGAGGUGAAGAGGGAAGACCCAAUGCCGCCGAAGUCGGCAAAGUUGGAACCUCAGUCGUCCGUUUCACCUCCUGCACAUAAUGUCGUUACAAAACUCCCAUCGUUUGACGCAAGUCCCAUUAAACCUUCUAGAUCUAACGAUUCGCUGGGGGGAACAAUUGAACUCCCCGUUGAAGGUGUGAGCGCAUCCUUAAGUAGUACUCCCAGAAAGUCAUUGCCCUCAACCUUGACGACCCCGCGUCAGACGUGCGCUUCCCCACCCGACCUGACCUGUCCGUCCGACAGGGGCUCUGUGACGCCGCACUCCCGUGCUGUUACACACAGCGAUGGCAGUGACGUCGUAGACAGAGCGGCCUACCUUCAGCUCUAUGAUGAGGUGGUAGAAUUGCGUUCUGAGCUAGAAAAGGUUCGCCCCAAGCUUCCUACCUCUCAGGUUUCAGUUACGCCAACGCAAUCGAAUGAUUUGGGUCUAACAACGCAGCUAUGUGAGCUUCGUGACCAGGUUUAUCAAUCCUCAGUUGGAGAAGUCAGCUUCGCAUCGCCAGCGCAAGUUGUCGUUAGCAGCGUUCCCAACCCUAUUCCUUUGUCCGAGAACAAGCACUUCACUGACUGGUCUAUCUCCCUCGAUCAGACCAAUGCCUCGUGUGUCCAAACGGAGCCUGAGAGGGUUUGCGGACCUGAUGAACUCGAAGAGGGGUGUAUGCGCACACCUCGAGCGUCUAUGUGUCUGGUGGUGGAUGUUUCGGACAGUGAAGCGAAGGUGGUUCGCAUUCCUACUCACCAUCGAUCGGAUUAUCGCAUAAUCUCGGCGCAAGCCACCAUAUCCAUGCUUGAACACGGCACAACUAUUAGCCUCCGAGUUGAAGAGGAGGAAAAGAAAGUAAAUGAAAAUGGUGACAGAUGCGACGAAUCACUUACUGACUGUGUCACCUCUCCUUCCGACAUUUCGAUCUCUGGGUCGUUUAUGCCGCAGAUGGAGGAUGUUUGCACCGCCUCGGUUGGUCAGCAGACAGAGAUGCCCUUCUGCUGUUUCAAUUGCUCAGUGGACUCCACCAAUGUGCACUCUAGCCUUGUUCCCCUUCCAGAGACGGAUGCCUCCUUCGAGUGCCACCUUCCAGCUACCGAAUCACCUAAAGAUCAGAAAUCCCUUUCGUCAGACUCCAUAGCUGCUGCUGCCCAGGUCUGCAUGGGUUUACAUGAACGGAUUUCUGGCGUUUUGUGCGGUAUAGAUUCCGAACCCGGUCCCGGUACAAAUGGCCUACUUAUCCAUUUAACUACCAAGUCCAAUGCUUGUGAAAAUCAAACUGAUCUCACGCCUAUCAUACAAAAACUCAGUGCGGAUGUUGAGCGAAUUUCUACGGCAUUUGUUGAACUAAAAGAGAAAAAUGAUUCUCAGCCCUCCUAUGAAGUGGAGAUUAUCAGGUUGAGGGAGAAGCUAGAGGAGGCUGAGCGACAAUUGGAAGAGAGGCUGCCAAGUGAUUCAUGCGUUGCGGCAAUGUGCAUCAAUGAGGUGCUGGAGGCAGAGCGCAAGCAGUUGCAACGGGAGCUGAAUCAGCGCUUAGCGGACUGCGGUAGCACUCAUGCUACCUCUGUAGCCGAGUUGGAGCAGGUGCAGGCCGACCUCUCCGCUCGACUCUCUUCCUCCGAAGUUCGAGCCAGCAACCUUGAAAACGAGCGCAAUGCUGUUAUGCAAAAACUCAACGCUACUGAGCGUUUUCUUAAUGAGCAACUCCAAGAACGGGAGCAAGAGCGCGAAGAAUUUCAGGCCGAGGUUGCCGCUCUUCGAGUUGAAGUAGCUGCUCUCAGGACCAAGUUGGCAUCAUUGGAGAGACGGCAGUUGCGGGAGUCCUCGUCGGCAUCAUCGUCCUUAACUCAUACCCCCGCCGUCAGUCCUAGGAAGACGAAGGCUGGGCAAGGUGGGGCGCAGCAAUUGACUACUUCCAUGCCCGCCACACAGCGUCCUUGCACUCUCACUCCCUCCCUCCUCUCCAUGCCCGACUCCUCUGAUCACAGCGAUGUUGACGACUCGCCUGCCUUUGAACUCGCUCCUACUCCUCAAAGCAUGGUGGAGCACUUUUCGGAUUUGUCUACUCUACACAGGCAUGAAUGGCCUAGCUCCGUUGCUACCCCUGUUCCUGCUGCCGUCUCUACUCCUUGCCUAGCAGACUGUCUUGGUGGGCCAUUUGCAGAAGACCAUCUAUCCAGAUGCACUCCCUCAUCCCCACCCCAUCGCGUCCGCUUUGACACCUUUGAGUCGAGCUGGAGCGAAGAUAGUGAUUAUUACUCUCCCAGUGAGUGUGAAUACUUCAGGCAGCUCAUGGCAGUUUGCCGGUUAGAUGCUCUUGAGAUUGAAUUGCGCAAGAUUGCUAAUUUGCGGUCGGAGAUCGUUCGAUCCGAGCUGACAUUGUGCGGGAGUCGGCCUUACAGCGCAGGUGAUGCAGCUUUGCGUCAGCAGACUCGACCACCCGUGAAACUUGUUACUACUUGUGUGGGAGGGUCUCCUAUCGAACUCGUUGAUGCUUCGAUCUCAGUUCAGACCUCAAUCUCUGGUAACUCUAGCACUUCCACAGAAUUCGAUGGUGAGGAAGAUAACGAUCUCCCCUCCAUGGAGGGUGAGGUGGAUGAUGUGCAAACAACAACAACCACGGCGGCUGCCAUGGGUGUCGUUACUACAACCGUAACGACGACUACCAAAAAGCGAGCUAAUAAGAACGUCGUUCCAAAACACCGAGGUCGCUCCUCUCGGCACUGCGUAAUGAAUUCACCAGGACUAACAAAUAAUGUCGGGUUGGAUGUGGAAAUGCGCCAUGUUGCAGAGAUGGAGGAAUUGCGUGAGGCCCUUAUCCAUGCUCAAUUUGCCUUGGCUGAGAAGAGUUCGGAAUUGGAGGCUCUGCAGAAUCGGCAAAACUCUAUUUUGCAUUCUCCUACAUCUGAAAAACAAUUCCAAACUCGACAGGUAUCGGCGCGUGACUCGCGCGACUCCACUCUCUCACCACCACCCGUCGCAGACCGUUCCGCCGCCUCAUCGAGCUCUUCCAAUGCGGAGGUCUCCAUCUCCACUCCGCCCAGCGGAGCCUCCUCUCAGACGGUCGAUAUUGACGCCCAAAUAGCUGAUGAAGAGGAGCUCUGCCAACCACCAGAACAAGUUUCGUCCAGUGAGAGUGACCAUCUUGCGGCAGAUCUAGAAGAGGCCAGAGCUGAAAUUCAGGCCCUCAAAGCCGAAAUAAAUGGUCUCAUCAAUUACCAAGAUGACUUGCACAGAGACUUUGAGUUAGUACAGUCCAUGUUGGAAGAGAGACAGUCAGAAGUGGAACGCCUGCAGAAGGAGCUCCUUGAGGUUCCGUUACGCCUUCAGGCUGAAUUUGACGCUUCGGUGCGGAAGCUUCAAAAGAGGAUGAACGACAAGUGUGAUGCUGUGGAGGAGCGCGAUGAAGACCUCUAUAUGCUCAAUGAGGAAAAGGUCCAUUUUUUAAAACUUUUCAGGGAUGCCUUGGCUAAUCGUGUGGCUGAGUUGGAGAAGGAGCUGGCAGUCCUGCGCUACAGUGAAGUUACUCGAGAGGAGACAGCUUCUCAGACUGAUCCGCCUCAUUGGACUGUGGAGUCAGGCAUCCAAGUAGAUCUCGAGCGGUCCUCGCCUACUCCUAAGACUCAGUCUUGUGCCGACACUGAUUGUGUCAGUGAAGAGGACCUUCCCUUCGACGGCGAGUCCUUCGCUCCCACACAAGCUGCUGCUCUCAGCUCCGUUUUACCAUCCACUACAGACAGAGCGCUGGGUUUCGUGGACCAGUUACAGCAAGAGAGUUGCCGCCUUUUGAGCUUAUCCCUCACAGCAGCCCAUUCGAAACCGGCGUCUACUCAUGGGAGCGACUUAAUUGAUUCCAACGAUUGCAAAUCGCAACUCAUUAGCAAGCUCAUUGAGGCCAAUCGGACGCUCAAAUUAGUCGUUGAGACUAUCAUCAAGGAAUCGGCACUUCAUGGUACUCAAACGAACACUGCCAAGCCAGACAACCCAACAACUCCUGUGCCAAAGAAUCGAGUCCCCUCGGACAAAUUUUACUUUAUUUUACUUUCGGCUCUCCUGGCGGAUCGUAAGGCGAAUCUGUCACUCAUAACCUUGAACACGAUUGACCAAGUCUGCAAUACUGUUCUUGGGGAUGUGUCAUCUCGCACUAGACCUGAUAAACCAAAGACGACUUCGCAAACUGACAUGAAUGACAUCAUGAAGGCACUGACUGAUUAUGCUACCGCAGAGGAACAGCGUUGGAAUUCUCUCUCCUCAGAGAUAGUGUAUGACCGAGCUAACCUUCAAGCCAACGUAGACUCCUUGAAAAUGCAUCAGGAAUCACUCCUUGAAGAAGUGGCUAGCUUGACCGAACAGUUGGCUGCUCGAGAUGCCUCGUUGGCUGAGGCGUCGACCACUGUAAAUGGGCUUUCUGCGGAGCGGAGCGUUCUUGAAGCAAUGGUUACUAAUCUGAAGAAGGAACUUGCUGAUGUGAAGGCUGAAAAUGAGAACCAAUUUAUGCUGCUUAGACGUCAGAUUGGCGAAGAGCGGCAACAUGUCGUAGAGUUGGAGUCGACACUUCAAGCCUCCCAAAGUGCCUUGAUGCAGGCUAGAGAACAGGUGGCUUCCCUCGAAAACGAUUUACAGAGUUCUUCCACAAGGAUGAGGUUGGAACAAAAUCGAAGUCACUUAGCGGAAACUCGAAUCGCCCAAUUGGAACAAGAGAUUAACACUCUAAAAUCAUCGUAUGUUCGCCUGGGCCCAAAGGUCGAUGUCAACGGUGGCAUGCCUACUCUGCAAAUUUCUGGUUUAAAGAAGAAAGAAUCAUUGACAAUCAGUGUCUCUAAUCAGCUUGCAGCGAUUCGACUUCAAGCCAUUCGAGCGGAGAAAAUGUCCCGCGAAUUGCACACUUGUAAUGAGGACUUGCGAGUCGCACUGGCUGAGGCUGAAUUGUCACUCUUGCCAAUGUGCCUGGGUAAGGAGAACGGCCAUCUUGGAGGUGGUAGUGGUGGUACUGGCAGUGGUAGCACCAGCGGAGAUGAGGAGAGCCCCUUCAGUGGUGAAUUGGUUAACCAUCCAUUGCCGAAGCAACUCACCGACUCGGGCUUUGCUGACGCGCCGGCUGGUUUGCGACGCCUCCAUCUGGCUUGUAUGCGACUAAUGCGCCUCGUUUCCUUCGCCACUGGCGACAACGUCGCUCCUUCCCCGGCUGCUUCCUCCUCGUCCUCCGAUAGCCUUAACAACCCUGCUGAGUUGUUACGUCAUGCUGUCCUCGACGGUAAGAAGGUCGAUUUCUCGGAGCACUCCAGCGUCACGGAGAUCUACGCUUGUCUUGUUGAAAUUGAGUCUCAUGUACGCAGUUUAAUUGGUGGCCCUGUUGUCAAUUUUCAAAUAAUCUCUUCUACCUCAACUGCCGCUGCCAACGCCUUCCUUGUGCAGGCAAAACAACUCAUCCUUAAUGGAGUCGCUCACUUGGACUCAGGUUUGGCCAAAGUUUCAGGUUCCAUGGAUGGUGGUUUGUGUCAUAUACCUUCUGAAAGUAAAUCAACACAGUGCUCUCUCGUCAAUAAUCACCAGACCUCGGGGGAUUCGCGUUCUGUUUCCCUUGAGAAGCUUUUGGUGUCACCAUGCGGUGAUGUUGGUGACGAUGAACUGUUCCGCCACAUGUCAGCCCGAUACCUACGCAUGGAGUCGUACAGACGGGCUCUGGUUUAUCAGAAGCAAUACCUCUUGCUUUUGCUUGGUGACUUCCAACACUCGGUGCAACGAGUAACGACAAGUCUUGGUCAGGGCUUGUUGAUGGGAACCUCUAGUCGACGGGAUAUGGAAGGCAAUCCCAUUUCAUCACAGCACUGGCCCCUUGACUCUCCUCCGGCACUAGUUCGCUUCCGCGCUGCUGCUCGCUGCAUCAUGAUCAUUCACAGGUCAACCAUCGCUUGCAAAGACAAUGAGCUAGUGAAACAGUUGCGUUUGAAGUGGCAGCGGACGGGUAUUCGCAAACAUGCACCGCUUUUUCCCCACUCUAUGGACGGUCGGUCGCCGGGCUCUAGUUUCACUAAUGGUGACACCACAACUUCUACCCUCAUGGCAGUUUCAAGUCCCAAUGACGAUAUUCUCCCUCAACAGAGGCACUCUGCUGCCUCCUUUUCUUGUCGGCCUUCGGAUAGGUCUUCUUUCUUUCCGCAAUCAGAAGUCGAGACUGAGUCCGAAUCGUCGGAACUACCCAAUCGCGUCGACUAUACACCCUCCACGUCCUUCCUACCCCCAGAAAGAGCAUGUGAGCGUAUCCAGCUCGUUCCAUCAGCACCAUCGUGUGCCCUCCUCAACACCUCCUGGAACCUCCUCUAA